AUGGAUCUGAUGAAGUAUAUUUUAGAAAAGCCUGUUGUUAGUGAUAGAAUUGCUCGGUGGAAAAUGUUGUUGACCGAGUAUGAUAUUCAGUAUGUGACCCAGAAAGCGAUAAAGGGGAGUGUUCUGUCUGACUACCUUUCUCACCUACCUGUCAAAGGUUAUCAGCCGUUGAGGUUUGACUUUCCAAAUGAAGACAUUAUGUUUAUCAUAGACUUCACUAUGCCAGGCUCCGAGAUAAGCCCUGAGGAAGGCCCCGAACCAGGAUCACGAUUGACUCUCGUGUUCGACGAUGCUUCUAAUGCUCCAGGACAUGGCAUAGGUUAUGUUAUCACUUCUCCAACCAGUUUCCACCUUCCAUUUAUCGCUAGAUUAUAUUUUGACUACACCAAUAAUAUGGAAGAAUAUAAAGCAUGUAUCUACGGUUUGGAGGCGGCCAUCGACUUGAGAAUCAAGAUUCUUGAGGUAUACAGUGAUUCAGCUCUGGUAAUAAGUCAGGUAAGAGUCAAAUGGAAGAAUGAAGCACCAGUUAUCCAUAUUGACCACUUAGAUGAACCAACACACUAUCUAGUAAUCGAGGCAGAUCCUGAUGAUAAGCCUUGGUUCUAUAACAUAAGGACAUUCUUUGAGAAACAGCAAUAUCCCAAGGGUCAUAAGUAUGUUAUUUCUUGGUUGGUUAUUCGUUUGGCGAGUCCUAUGCCCUACGAGUCUUAUAAAGAUGUUCCUUACAAGUAUAAUGUUACCAUGUUGGAAGAUGGUAAAAAGGUGCAUAUUCCUUCUUUUUCAUUUGUUGUGAACAUUGUCGAUGUAAGAGGUGUGACCCGAAGUGGUCGAGUAUUUUCUGUUGCAGCUCCUAAGAGAACUGAAGAUGUUGUGGUAGGGAAACCAACUCAAGAGAAAACUCCUAUUAUGCAGUCCGGCCAAUCCAGCAGUAUGGAUCAGAGUUCUGAUCAAGAUGAAGUGCUGAAAUUGAUUAAGAAGAGUGAUUUCAAUGUGGUGGACUAG